AUGAAUCGGUGGUGUUACUUCGAGGGCGCACCGGAUCCGGCAGAAAGAGUCCUCGGUCAAUGUACGGGCUGCCGGCUGUAUGAUGGCGACGUAAAGACAAAUUACAAAGAUGGCACGAUUUCGGUCUCAACUCAUAAAAUUACUUACCACGGUCAAAAUGUAACUUUGUUCAUUCCGCUGAGAUUGAUAAUUUCGGCGAACAGCGUUCCGGGCUCCUGGAACCAUUCGCCAAAAGUGGAGCUCUUUGCACAACAAUGGGAGCAAUCCCUCAAGCCUCCCGGGCCGCAGUCAACAAGUCGCUCGAAUGAGGUCAGAUUCGCUGUCGCCAAAAAAAGGCAGGAAGAUUUUGCCGUUCAAAUUAUUCAAAGAGCGCUAGAAGAGCGUGUUUGGGAAAAACAGGCGAGGCAAUCGCAAACUAUUCCUGGAAUUCUGGCGGCAAGUGGCAAAUCCCGCGGGAUCGGCGCCGUGGUCAAGAGCCAAGAAGCAAAGCACGAGAAAGAAAACGCAAUGACAUCAGAGGGCUUGCAAGACCUCAAGAAAUUAAUGAAACAUGCGGAUGACCUGGCGAAACUGGCGCAGACCGCCGCGACCAAAGUGGAUGGACAGGACGAGGUCGCGAAGCUCAGAUCGAUGAUGAUGAGUUUAGGACUUGAAAACGACAAUGCCACUGGAGAAUUAGGUUUAGAAAAGGAGCUUGCCGUCGUUUGCCGACCGCUGAUUGAGAAGAGCGGCGGAAUGAUGGUCAUGGAAGAAGCGUAUUGUGCAUUGAACCGCGCCCGAGGGAGUGAGCUAGUGUCACCGGAAGAAGUUUAUUCGGCGGCAAAGUCGAUUUCCAAAACUUACCCUGCGGCUGGGCUCCUCUUCAAGAAAUACGACUCUGGAAUCGCCGUCCUUCAAGACAGCUCCCUCUCUGAUGCCGCCGUCGUUGAGCGAAUUCUAGCGCUUAUUACUGAAUUUCCAGAAGGGCUGACAGCCGAGAAUUAUUCGGCGAAAGCUGGUUUUAGUCCUAUCGUUGCAAAAGAACACUUGCAAAUGGCCGAGUUAAAAGGGGAUUUAUGCCGCGACGAUUCCUCCCGCGGCGUGAAGUUCUUCCCCAACCUUUUCCAGCUUCAUUCCUGCUAA